AAAGUACGCUACGGUGUGUCGCGCAGUUCAUAAAAAAACUGGUACUUCUUAUGCUGCCAAAUUUAUGAAAAAAAGACGUCGAAAUCAAGACCAAAUGAAAGAAAUUGUGCAUGAAAUAGCAGUGUUGAUGAAGUGUAAGACGGCGAACAGAGUAAUUCGACUACAUGAAGUCUACGAGUCCACGACAGAAAUGGCGUUAAUACUAGAACUAGCCGCUGGCGGCGAACUUCAACAUAUACUCGAUGGCGGGCAGUGCCUGGGAGAGGAGGAAGCUCGAAGAGCUAUGAAACAAAUAUUAGAAGGUGUAGCUUACCUACACGAUAAAAACAUUGCUCAUUUAGACUUGAAACCACAAAAUCUACUAUUGAGCAUUGAAGACUGCUGUGAUGAUAUCAAACUCUGCGAUUUUGGCAUAUCAAAAGUGCUUGAACCUGGUAUUACAAUACGAGAAAUAUUAGGUACUGCAGAUUAUGUAGCUCCAGAAGUUUUAAAUUAUGAACCAAUAAGCCUUUCAACAGAUAUAUGGUCAAUAGGGGUUUUAGCAUAUGUGAUUCUGUCAGGAUUUAGUCCUUUUGGAGCUGAUGAUAAACAACAGACAUAUUUAAAUAUAUCAAAAUGUUCAUUAUCUUUUGAAACGGAACAUUUUGGUGAUGUUUCAAGUGCAGCAAUAGACUUUAUAAAAAGCACUCUUGUUAUAGAUCCAAGAAAACGACCCACUAUCCACGAACUACUUGACCAUCCAUGGAUAUCACUGAAAAUGAAUCUUCUACCGUCUAUUUCAUUAAAGUCAUCAACCCAGCUGACACCUAAGUCAACACCAAUUAGUCAAAGAAAAAGUUUUUCCUGUAUUACAGAUACCACAAAAAGCCAGUGUAAAACGUACCGUACAGACAAUUUAAAUGAAAACUUCAACAACUCUGCAGUUCGUGCAUUCACAGUAUCAACUAAUUCCCUUUGUCCACAAUGUGAUACAACAUGCCGUCAUGUUACACAUACACCAGUAACUAAAAGUACGAUUCCUAUAGAUCGGGGCAUCCUUUGUUAGCUGUAGCUAGGGUAUUUAUAUUGCCAUAAAGCACUUAAUUUGAUUAGAAAAUUGUUGCAGGGAUUUCCAUAAACCUCAAAGGUUACUAUAUGUCUAUUACUCUGAAAAGAUUAUGUAACUUAUAAAGGUGUUUCUUUUUAAACAAAAUUUUGUAAAAUAUUGUACAAAACGUACAAAGUAUGAAGUUAUUUGAGAAUAGGAAAAAAAUCCAAAUUAAAAAAAUAGACAUCACAAACAUAUACUCAUUUGAAUAUAUUUUUGGACAAACAAAUUGUUAAAAUU